AAUCUUCGUCUUCUUCGUUUUAGAGAGAGAAAAGUGUUAGCAAACUUAGCUGUGUGCACUGCUGCGUUUUAGAGAGAGAAGUCGAAGGUCCUCUUGAGAUUUGAUCGAAUACUCCAUCGCAGACUCAGCCUCUCAAGGUCUCUGAAGCAGGAUUUCUCUUGAGUCGAGUUGCGUCCUGGGAAAUCAGAAAAAAAAUGGAUUUGGUCUCUGGUUACAAGGGAGUUGUAGGGCUCGUUUUCGGCAACGAGAAAUCGGGUUCUUCUAAUGAAGAUAGCUAUAUCGAGCGUUUGCUCGACUGUAUAAGCAAUGGUAAACUGGCAGAGGACAGGAGGACUGCUAUGCUCGAGCUUCAGUCCGUUGUGGCAGAAAGCUCUGCUGCCCAACUAGCAUUUGGAGCAAUGGGAUUCCCUGUUAUGAUGGGCAUAUUAAAGGAAGAACGGGAUGAUGUUGAAAUGGUCCGAGGUGCCCUAGAAACUCUUGUAAGUGCCUUGACUCCUAUUGACCAAGCAAAAGGACCAAAGAAUGAGAUUCAACCAGCUAUAAUGAACACUGAUUUGCUUUCCAGAGAAGCAGACAGCAUUUCACUUCUUCUAAGUUUGUUGUCAGAGGAGGAUUUCUAUGUACGAUAUUACACUCUUCAACUUUUGACAGCUCUUCUGACAAAUUCUCGAAAUAGGUUACAGGAAGCCAUUCUGACCAUACCUCGUGGUAUAACUCGCUUAAUGGAUAUGCUUAUGGAUCGUGAGGUUAUACGAAAUGAGGCCUUAUUACUUCUUACUUAUUUGACUCGCGAAGCUGAGGAAAUUCAAAAAAUUGUGGUCUUUGAAGGUGCUUUUGAAAAGAUAUUCAGCAUCAUUAAAGAGGAAGGUGGUUCGGAUGGUGGUGUUGUUGUGCAGGACUGUAUUGAAUUGUUGAACAAUCUUAUUCGGAACACUGCAUCGAAUCAGAUACUGCUGAGGGAGACAAUCGGAUUUGACCCCUUAAUGUCAAUUUUGAAGCUACGAGGGAGUACUUACAGUUUCACUCAACAAAAGACAAUUAAUCUACUCAGUGCGUUGGAAACUCUUAAUUUGCUAAUAAUGGGAGGCUCGGAGGCUGAUCCUGGAAAAGAUGCAAAUAAGCUAACAAAUAGAACCACCCUCGCUCAGAAAAAAGUAUUGGACCAUCUUCUAAUGCUGGGUGUGGAAAGCCAGUGGGCACCUGUUGCUGUUCGUUGUUCAGCGCUGCGAUGCAUUGGUAAUCUGAUUGCUGGACAUCCCAAGAAUCUUGAUGCGCUUGCAAGCAAAUUUCUUGGAGAGGGGCCACAGGAACCUGCUUUGAACUCAAUUCUUCGAAUCAUUUUGCGGACAUCCAGUAUACAAGAAUUUGUUGCAGCAGAUUAUGUUUUUAAGAGCUUUUGUGAGAAUAAUGCUGUUGGCCAAACUAUGUUAGCGUCUACAUUGAUUCCGCAACCGCAUUCCAUGAUUCAUGCACCCGUUGAAGAGGAUGUGAACAUGUCCUUUGGAAGCAUGCUAUUACAAGGUCUUAACUUCAGUGAGAAAGAUGGCGAUCUUGAGACAUGCUGCAGAGCUGCUAGUGUUCUUUCUCAUGUAAUGAAGGACAAUCUGCAGUGCAAGGAAAGGGUAUUGCGUAUUGAACUUGAGGCACCUACUCCAUCUCUAGGUGCUCCAGAGCCUCUAAUGCACCGUGUGGUAAAAUACUUGGCCGUUGCCUUUUCCAUGCAAAACAAAGAUGGAAAGUCAAGUGGAAACUCAUAUGUUCAACCAGUUAUCCUGAAAUUGCUGGUCACUUGGCUAGCUGAUUGCCCUAGUGCAGUGAAUUGCUUCCUAGAUUCACGUCCCCACAUCACUUAUCUGCUUGAGUUGGUAUCCAAUUCAAUUGCUACAGUGUACAUAAAGGGGUUGGCAGCUGUUCUUCUUGGAGAGUGUGUGAUCUACAACAAAUCAGUUGAAAGUGGGAAGGACGCCUUUGCAAUAGUUGAUUCCAUAAGCCAGAAGGUUGGGCUCACGUCAUAUUUUCUGAAGUUCGAGGAGAUGCAGAAAAGCUUCCCUUUCACCUCUUCAACAUCAGCUCAGCCGCACAAACAAUUAACCAGAUCCGCUUCUGCUAGUAUGGUAGAUGUUGAUGAGAGCGAUCUCUCUGAUCAGAAAAAUGAGGAUCAUCCGGUUCUCUCCUCAAUCUUUGAUGCUCCAUUUCUAAAUGUAGUUAAGAGUUUGGAGGUGAAUAUCAGAGAAAAAUUCGUUGAGGUAUACAGUCAACCGAAGAGCAAGGUGGCAGUGGUGCCAGCAGAACUGGAACAGAAAAGCGGGGAAAGUGAUGGAGAGUAUAUAAAGCGGCUGAAAGCAUUUGUGGAGAAGCAAUGCUCUGAGAUACAGGAUCUCCUUGGCCGCAAUGCAAGUUUGGCUGAGGAUGUGGCAACAAUUGGUGGGGACCGCUCCCGGUCCGAGCAGGGUGCAGGCUCUGAUAGAGUCCAGGUAGAGACACUUAGACGAGAUUUUCAAGAAGCAUCUAAACGGUUGGAAUUGCACAAGGCAGAGAAAGCCAAGCUUGAAUCUGAGGCAUCCAUGUAUAAAAACUUAGCCGGAAAGAUGGAAUCUGAUCUGAAGAGCUUAUCCGAUGCAUACAACAGUCUUGAGCAGGCGAAUUUCCAUCUAGAGAAGGAGGUCAGAGCUAAGAAUGGUGGAGGAGGGUCUUCGUCCAUUCCCGAUGUGGAUGCAAUUAGAGCCGAGGCAAGGGAAGAAGCUCAGAAGGAGAGCGAGGCUGAACUGAAUGAUCUUCUUGUGUGCCUCGGGCAAGAACAAAGCAAGGUGGACAAACUAAGUACGAGGUUGUUGGAGUUAGGAGAGGACGUCGACAAGCUGCUUGAAGAUAUUGGAGAUGACGUGGGGUUGCCUGGAGACGGUGAGGAGGAUGAAGACUGAUGCCGAUGGUGGUGAUGGUGAUGUUAUUCCCUUUUUAUGUUUAUUUCAUCGCACGUGACCUCAUCAUCCAUCAGUGUGGUAUGAAUCGUGGACGGGAGGGAGGUUUAUCUUUGGCUCUCCUGCUUGUGUACAUUUCUGGUUGAAAUUGUACAGUAUAUGUUUAUUGUUUAAUGAUACUCAGGGAGGAUUGUGGAUCAAACUGUUGUUUUCAAGUUGAAGGUAAGUUAUGGUUUUUUGUUUU